GUUGCUAGGGAGCAGCGUGGGGGCUUUUGGGGGACUGCAGCGCCUGCGCAGAGGAGCCUGGUGCUUGCUGGGGCUCUGGCUCUGCACUGUCGCCAGGGGCUGAGGGGAGCGCCACGCAAGCCCGUGCAGUUCCCAGCCAGGAGGCGCACUCGCCAUUGCGGCCUUGUUGGGUGGGCUCAUCUGGCUCGCCCAACUGGGCCCCAGCGACCGCUGGCACCAUGGGCCAGUGCGGCAUCACCUCCUCCAAGACUGUGCUGGUGUUUCUCAACCUCAUCUUCUGGGGAGCAGCUGGCAUUUUAUGCUAUGUGGGAGCCUAUGUCUUCAUCACUUAUGAUGACUAUGACCACUUCUUUGAAGAUGUGUACACUCUCAUCCCUGCUGUAGUGAUUAUAGCUGUAGGAGCUUUGCUUUUCAUUAUUGGGCUAAUUGGUUGCUGUGCCACAAUCCGAGAAAGCCACUGUGGACUGGCUACGUUUAUCAUCAUUCUACUCUUAGUUUUUGUCACAGAAGUUGUUGCAGUGGUUUUGGGAUACGUUUACAGAGCAAAGGUAGAAAAUGAGGUUGACCGUAGCAUUCAGAAAGUGUAUAAGACCUACAAUGGAACCAAUCCUGAUGCUGCUAGCCGGGCUAUUGAUUAUGUACAGAGACAGCUGCACUGUUGUGGAAUUCACAACUACUCAGACUGGGAAAAUACAGACUGGUUCAAAGAAACCAAAAAUCAGAGUGUCCCUCUUAGCUGCUGCAGAGAGACAGCCAGCAGCUGUAAUGGCAGUCUGGCCCACUCCUCCAACCUCUAUGCUGAGGGGUGUGAGGCUCUAGUUGUUAAGAAGCUACAAGAAAUAAUGAUGCAUGUUAUCUGGGCAGCACUGGCAUUUGCAGCUAUUCAGCUGCUGGGCAUGCUGUGUGCAUGCAUCGUAUUGUGCAGAAGGAGUAGAGAUCCUGCUUAUGAGCUCCUCAUCACCGGUGGAACCUAUGCAUAGUAGAAAACUCAAGCCUGAACUCUUUAGUCUUGUUCUGAUUUGGAAGGUGAAUUGAAUAGUUCUACUGCUGUUGGCCUCCUGAGUUCAUUUCAUUGAAGCACACAUGUCAGACAGAGUAGCGUGGUUCUUUAUGUGCCCACUUACUUGCCUACCCACCUAUGACUUUUUGUUUCCCCUGUUCUAGCUGACUCUCUGCAUCCGUAAGUUUUUAAGGAUGGUGGUGUAUGUUCUAAUUUCAGAACCAUUUGCAAGUUGAGUAGUGUGAUAGAAUUAAAGGAGGAUGUAGACUGCUUCUGUUACCUCAUGCAGCAAUGGGACUGUUGCUGAAAUACUACUGGGUCCUGUCAGGCUUCAUAAUGGACAACUCUUGGCCAAAGGAUUUUUGGGGCAAGGGGAAUUAACAACAGAUGGUGCCCCUCAUCAGUGUCAUUUUAAGAAUUAUGUACCAUAGUCUAAUAAGACAGCAAUUAUACAAAAUGACUGAAAUAGAUUUUAGAAUCAUACAAUGUGUACCUUGGUUCAUCUUCAAAAUCAGACUGAUCUUUGAAAGUAGAGGUUUUUAAUCAAGGCUGGUUUUAUAGGACGAGUAUAAUAUAUGCAUUACUGUUUUAAAAUAAUUAGUGUGUGUGUGUGUAUGUGUUUGUAUGAUUGAUCCCAUUCAUUGUAAAGUCUAAAUUUGUUAGAAAUAAUGUACUCAUGUAGACUAGCAAAAUAGUAUAUAGAUGUGAUCUCUGUUGUAAAUAGAAAUAUCUAAUUAAAUAAACUCUGUAUUACCCCUUAACA